AUUAAGCCAAUAAACUACUUCCUUUUUUUUCGAAAAACAACUAAUAAACUACCUUUGUUACUAACAAGUGACAACUAUAAUAAUAGUUGACCUUCAGUUCUUCCCAAUCAAAAGGGCAUUCCCGUCAUUGAGAAAGCUGAAACAGUCAAGACUCAAAAACAGUUGAAACACAAAACUCUCUAACUAUAUAUAAUGUUAAGGGACAAUAUAUUACUCUCAAAUUCAAACUGCCACCGAGACUCUCUCUCUCUCUCUCUCUCUCUCUCUCUGUAACAUAAUAUUGUCUGCACAAAGACAAAUUCCAAUGGAGGCAAAAAGCAAGGUCCUGAUCAUUGGAGGAACUGGGUACUUCGGAAAAUUCAUUGUUGAGGCCAGUGCUAAGUCUGGUUAUCCUACAUUUGCUUUUGUCCGAGAAUCCACUCUCUGUAAUCCUGCUAAGACCAAAAUCAUCCACAAAUUUGUCGCCUUAGGCAUCAGCUUUCUAUUUGGAGAUUUAUACGAUCAUAGGAGUUUAGUGAGGGCAAUAAAGGAGGUGGAUGUGGUGAUUUCUACGGUUGGUCACCAUCUGUUGGCCGAUCAAGAUAAGAUCAUUGCUGCAAUUAAAGAAGCUGGUAAUAUUAAGAGAUUCUUGCCUUCAGAGUUUGGAAGUGAUGCAGAUCGUAUGCAUGCAGUUGAUCCUUUAAGAUCAACAUAUGCCCUUAAGGCUAGAACGCGUCGAAUGAUUGAGGCUGAGAAAAUUCCUUACACCUUUGUGUCUUCCAACUUAUUUUCUAGCUUCUUCCUCCCCACUUUGGCACAAACUGGAGCCUCAGGACCCCCCAAAGAAAAAGUUGUUAUCUUAGGGGAUGGAAAUCUAAAAGCAAUUUUUAACAGAGAAGAGGACAUUGGCAUCUAUACCAUGAGAGCUGUGGAUGAUCCAAGAACCUUGAACAAAAUUCUCUACAUCAAACCUCCUGCCAACAUCUACUCAUUCAAUGAUCUUGUGUCUUUGUGGGAGAAAAAGAUUGGUAAAACCCUUGAGAGAAUCUAUGUUCCAGAGGAGCAACUUCUAAAGAACAUUAAAGAGGCCUCACCUCCACUGAAUGUGAUCUUCUCAGUUUAUCAUUCUGUCUUUGUGAAAGGAGAUCAAACAAACUUUGAAAUUGAUCCAUCAUUUGGAGUGGAAGCUUCACAGCUUUAUCCUGAUGUUAAAUACAUUUCAGUUGAUGAGUUUCUCAAUCAUUUUGUCUAAGAGCCAAACUUUUCUAUUGUUAAUCUUCUAAAGAGUUUCACUAUCUUAUUGGAUAAUAAAGUAGGUUGUUUCUGGCCGGGAAAGAAGGAGAAGAUAGUUGCUGCUGUCUGUAUAUGGAAAAUUGGUGCUUGCCUCUUUGUGUGCCUACUUUGGUUGAUUCUGUGGAAAUGUUGGGUUACCUUGUUGAUAUAACCCAAAUGGAAAUCAAUGAAUACUGCCUCCUUUCACUUCUUCUUUAGACUCUGGUUCCCAUGUUGCUUGGCACGUGCCAAGCAACAUGCUUGUGCCAGUCUUGAGCUGUCAUAAUUCCAUAACAUAGGGAUGUGGUUAAGAACUUUGUGCAUCGUAUAAGUACAAGGUGUAAAAUUGGCUUGAAAUGUUAGCCCAA